GAAGAUGAGGGGAGCAAGGAGAUCUGCUUCAGUAGCGCUCUGCAGGAACGAAACUGGUUUACUGGGUAGUAGAGAGAAGAUAUCAAUAGAUAUACCAGCUGACGAGACCAGACACCUUCUAGAAUACCAGAUGGGAACAGACCGAGUUAGUCCUGGGACAACGGAACCUUCAUCCAAGGUUCACUUCUCUACGGAGAGGGCUGAUGAUGUCUCCUUGUAUGGAACACCUAAAGAAGAGGUCCCACCACAACCCACAUCUCCAAUGGCAAGGAAUUCCGUUUCGAGCGAUACAAAAAGCCAGAGCUCUGGGUGGGUUCGGAGCCAGCUUCAGAAUAUAUUUGCUCCAACGGAUAAUAAGCUCGCCAUGAAACUAUUUGGCUCCAAGAAAGCGUUAAUGCAGGAGAGAGUUCGACAAAAAGCUGCAGGACACUGGAUAAUUCAUCCCUGCUCCAGCUUCAGGUUCUAUUGGGAUCUGUGUAUGCUGCUUCUCCUGGUGGCAAACCUAAUUAUUCUUCCUGUAGCUAUUUCAUUUUUCAACGACGAUCUUUCCAUCAGUAGAAUCAUCUUCAAUUGUCUCUCCGAUACCAUCUUCCUCGUCGAUAUCAUCGUCAACUUCAGAACAGGCAUAAUGCAGCAGGACAACUGCGAACAAGUUAUCCUGGAUCCUAAACUCAUAGCAAAGCAAUAUCUAAAAACUUGGUUCUUCCUGGAUCUAGUAAGUUCUCUUCCCAUGGACUAUGUGUUCCUAUUCUUUGAUUACAAAGUGCAUCCUGAUGACAUGAUUGGUGCAAGUGAACAGGAUCGCAACAGAACUAUAAUUCAAACUACAAGAGCUCUGAGAAUUCUUAGAUUAGCAAAACUUCUUAGUUUGCUCCGGUUGCUACGAUUAUCUCGACUCGUGAGAUAUGUUGGACAGUGGGAGGAAGUCUAUAUAAUGCAAAACUCGCGUAAUAAGACGCACAAGAGACGAGGGACAAGAGAUCUCGACGCUGAAGCCUCAUCGAAAAGUUUUAUUUCUAAGGUUUUGAGUUCUAUCGGGAUAUUUAUGCGAAUAUUUAAUCUGAUCUGCAUGAUGCUUCUAAUAGGACAUUGGUCUGGAUGUUUACAGUUUCUGGUUCCUAUGCUUCAGGUAUUAUUAAUAACUAACAAUCAAGUGCCC